GGUGUCUCGGUGGGUCUUCUGAGUAUUGGAAGAGACCGGUGACAUCAUUUGGCUAAAACAUGGCAAAGCGUCAGACAGCCUGUGCCUGCUGAAUGAAGCCUACCAGCAUGCUCUAUUUUAUCCUCAUGAGACGUGGGGAGCAUUUCUCCUAGGAGCCCCUGGAAAGACACUGUAGAUGCAGGAAGACAUUGGCUGAAGCAGCCUAGCUGAAGCGAGGUCUCCAGGAUAGAGCAUGGCUGUUGCCCUGGAAUCCCAGAUCCAGGCUUCUUCUCCAUCUGAGCCUGAAGAACUCCUGAUUGUGAAAAUGGAGGAAGAUUCAUGGAGAACGGAAGCCAAGCUCCAGGAGAAGGACCGUGACCCUGGCCCUGAGGCCUCCCGCCAGCGCUUCAGGCAGUUCCAGUACAGGGAUGCAGCUGGACCCCACGAGGCCUUCAGCCAGCUCUGGGUGCUCUGCUGUCGCUGGCUCAGGCCGGAAAUCCACCUCAAAGAGCAGAUCCUAGAGCUGCUGGUGCUGGAGCAGUUCCUGACCAUCUUACCCAGGGAGGUCCGGACCUGGGUGCAGGCACAUCACCCUGAGAGUGGCGAGGAGGCAGUGGGCCUGGUGGAGGACUGGCACCGAGAGGUCCAGGCUGCAGGACAACAGGAACUGGAAUUAUGUGCGGAAGAGACCAGGUCCUUGGAAGUCGUGCAGGAAUCUCAGAGCCUCCAGCCACACCCAGCACAGGGACAGUCCCAGAUGCAGCGGGUGAAGAACCUGUGCCCUGACCUUCCUAAGCGUCUAGACACCAAGUUGGUGCCACAGCCCUUGAAAGAGAGCGCUGUUCUCUCUCCUCAAGUCUCUACUCUCCCAAACAUGGGGAGCACUGAAGAUUGGGAGGUGACAGCUGAGUCCCAGGAAGCCCUCGGCCAUGGCACACGUGCAGAGAAGGUGUUCCGCCAAGGCCCUCAGGGAGACCACUGUGGAAAUGGAGUAUCCUUGGGAAUUGCAGUUUCAAAAUCAAAUAUUUGCCAAGGAGAGCAAGGAUCAGAAUUUUGGGAUCCGAGUCUUACACAUUCUGGAAAAAGGAGCACUGCAGAUUAUAACCUAGAUAAUGAGCAAACAAAAGCAGCUCAGGCUUUGGCCUGGAGGGACUCAAGGGCCUGGGAAGAACAAUACCAAUGGGACGUGGAGGACAUGAAGGUGUCAGGUGUGCACUGGGGCUACGAGGAGACCAAGACUUUCCUGGCAAUCUUGAGUGAGUCUCCUUUCUCUGAAAAACUCCGGACUUGUCACCAGAACCGCCAAGUAUACCGUGCUAUCGCAGAACGACUGAGGGCCCGGGGCUUCCUGCGGACACUGGAGCAGUGUCGCUACAGGGUCAAAAACCUCCUAAGGAAUUACCGGAAAGCCAAGAGCAGCCACCCACCAGGGACGUGCCCCUUCUACGAGGAGCUGGAGGCCCUGGUGAGGGCCCGGACAGCCAUAAGAGCCACAGAUGCACCAGGAGAGGUGGUGGCAGUCCCCAGGCUGGGGGACAGUGAUGCAGAGAUGGACGAACAGGAGGAAGGGGGCUGGGAACCUGAGGAAGCAGCAGAAGACUGUAAUGGUGAUGUGCUCACCGCUGAUGAGUCUGUCCAGGGGCCCAGCAUUCCAGGAGGCCCAACUCUGUUCCACAGUCGUAUUGCAGGUGUGCACUGGGGCUACGAGGAGACCAAGGCUUUUCUGACCAUUCUCAGUGAGUCUCCAUUCUCUGAAAAGCUGCGCACCUGCCACCAGAAUAGCCAGGUAUACCGUGCCAUUGCAGAGCGUUUGUGUGCACAGGGCUUCCUACGGACACUGGAACAGUGUCGCUACAGAUUCAAAAACCUCCUUCGAAGCUACCGGAAAGCCAAGAGCAGCCACCCACCAGGGACAUGCCCCUUCUAUGAGGAGCUGGACUCGUUGAUGAGGGCUCGGACAGCCGUUAGAGCCAUGGGACCCCUCAGGGAGUCAACGGGGCUCCCUAGAUCUGGGCAGAGCAGCAAGACUGAUGACCAGGAGGUCUGGGAUGAGAUGGCAGAUGAAGAUGCAAUCAAACUGCCAACCCCAUGUCCUAAAACUCCAGACACUGGUUUUGGAAUGAGGCAUGAGGAUGAAGACCAGAUUUCAGAGCAGGACAUUUUUGAGGAUUUGCCUGGAGCCUUGUCAAAAUGUGCCACAGAGGAUGUUUGCCACCCUCAUGAAUGGGAGGAAGAUAGUGAAAAUGAAAGUGAAGGACAGUGGGGAAAUCCAUCACAGGAGCAGUGGGAAGAGUAUUCUUCUGAAGAGGACUUAGAAAAACUUAUUGAUCAUCAAGGCCUGUACCUUGCAGAGAAACCCUACAAGUGUGACACCUGUGUGAAAACCUUCACUCGGAGUUCCCACUUUAUUGCCCACCAGCGGAUACACACAGGUGAGAAGCCCUACAAAUGCAUUGAAUGUGGGAAAAGCUUUAGUGACCGCUCCAACCUCAAUACUCAUCAGAGAAUCCACACUGGAGAAAAGCCCUACAAAUGCCUCGAAUGUGGGAAAAGCUUUAGUGACCACUCUAAUCUUGUUACCCACCAGAGAAUCCACACAGGGGAAAAGCCCUAUAAAUGUGGUGAAUGUUGGAAAAGCUUCAAUCAGAGCUCAAACCUUCUAAAACAUCAGAGAAUCCACUUGGCAGGAAAUCCUGAUCACUGUAUUGAGCCCAGGGAUAACUUGGGACAAAAUUUACCCACUAGUACUCACUGGAGGAAUUUGGCUGAGGAGACAUCUAGACAACCUCAAAAUGCCAGUAAGAACUUGAAUUCUCCUAGACCACACAGCACCAACUCAGGGGAAAAGCUCUAUCAGUGUUCUGAAUGUGGAAGAACAUUCUCUAAGAGCUCUGCCCUCAUUAGUCACCAAAGAAUCCACACAGGAGAGAAACCAUAUGAAUGUGCUGAAUGUGGGAAAAGCUUCAGUAAGAGCUCCACGCUGGCCAACCACCAGCGAACCCACACUGGGGAAAAGCCAUAUAAGUGUGUGGACUGUGGGAAAUGCUUCAGUGAGCGCUCUAAACUCAUCACUCAUCAGAGAGUGCACACAGGAGAGAAGCCCUACAAAUGCCUUGAGUGUGGAAAAUUCUUUCGUGACCGUUCAAACCUCAUUACUCACCAGAGGAUUCAUACAGGAGAGAAGCCUUAUAAGUGCAGAGAAUGUGGGAAAUGUUUUAACCAGAGUUCCAGUCUUAUAAUUCAUCAGAGAAUCCACACUGGGGAGAAACCUUACAAGUGCAUGGAGUGUGGAAAAGACUUCAAUAACAGCUCCCACUUCAGUGCCCACCGGAGAACCCAUGCAGGAGGGAAAGCAUCAUAGGAGACACUUACUCCCACAGCAAAAGAGAAACAUAUAUAUUUAAAUCUCCCAAACAAUGUCAUCAUAAAAUAUUUAGAAAGGAACUUUCCUAAUUUUUAAGCUUAGUAUAUUCCCAGGGAAGUUAUCUUGACAUAAUCCAGGUAAUUUGGAAGUGAAUUAUAAAUGCUAAGGAUCCAGAUUUAAAGGCACUUCACAGUGUGAUUGUUUUUCUCCUAUAAAGAACUCAAACACUAUCCUCAGGCUGGCCUUACAUAUGGUGUCAUGUAAGAGCUGUGUCAGUGUUGGUGCCAAACUGGUAAUUUAGGGGGUUAGAGAUAAAUUGGUGUCCCCAAGCAGUGAUCCCAACCCUUGCUGUGCCUUUACACUGUCCACAUGUACUCAUACCCAUCAACAUACGUCAGAGAUACUUGUAUAUGGCAGUUUUCAGUUGGAAUGUAUCGUCACAAGGAAACUUCGAGACUGCUGAGAGUAGGGCAUAAUUGAGAAUCUGGCCUAUACUCAGCAAAGGGUAGAAACAACAGUGAUGUCAUUACUAAAUCAUUACUAAUAACAAAAUAACCAGUGUUUAUUGAACAUUUGCUCGUUAGCAGGCUCUGUGCUGAGUACUUUGUAUACAUCAUCUCAUUUAAUCCUCACAACAGCUCUAGGAAGUAGAUCAUAUUCUCCCCAUUUCCCAGAGAAGAAAACUAAGUUAUGCAAAGUUACGUAACUUGCUUGCUCUGAAAAUGGCAGAGUUGCUUGUCUACCAGAUGUGUUUGUCUCCAGAAUCUGAGGCUACACUUAGGCUCCCACUUACAUUAGGGCAGGCAACUCAGGUGCUGGGAUCUCAAAGCACUUUGUAGAUCACUUUUGCUGUUAAAAUUCCUUUGUGAAUUCUUUUUAAACAAAUAUGGAAAUUGGGAAUCCCUGAAGAUUAAAGCUCUUGGGAUGUUCACAAUUGGAAUGUGCUUUGAGCAAGACUAAGCCAUUAUCAAAGUAUUUGAUGAGGAUUUUCAUCUUCACAUUAAUGUGGGUGAGAGAUGUAGGUCAGUAGAGACUGGGAAAAAUAUGUAGCUAAAAUGAUGUUUUCUUUCAAUGAGAUACUGCUCUGGCUGAGGAACUGGAGUUUAAGGAUUUCCCUUUUCUCAGGAGUCAGUCCUGCUUCCGGUUAGAUUGGGCUGAAUCAUAGGUUAAACUUUGAAGACCUGGACUUCCUUGCCAGUGUUUACUCAUCCAUGUGGUUUGGCCUCUUUGGCCCUUCCCCUCUUGACAUGGCAGCUGCUUUAUUCCUGAUCCUCACACCAACGCUCAGGAGUGCUGUGUGUGAUACCUUGGCAUGGCCUGGACUCAUCCGCAUUCCAGAUUUAUGGCACAGUUUUAUCCUGGACCAUCUGGUCUCAGUAUAUUCUAAAUGUUGCCAUUAAGACCCACCUCCCACCUAGAGGGGCUAAAUCAGAAAGGCUCACAACACUGGAUGGUUUUCUAAUUUGCAGCAUUUUUGGCCUCCAGAGUUUCUUUUUGGAAGGUUUAAAAAUGCUUAUCAAGAACUCUGAUUUCCACUGGAUUUUCAAUGAAAAUCCACCCAUGACAUUGGGAUGCCAUUCAUAUUCUGGUUACUGCAUGGACUUGGGAAGUACCUAUCAGAUGAUAGGUGCAUGCGAACCUUUUAGAGUGGCGCUCUGUAUUCACAGUAGAAAGAUUUGCACUGCCGACAAAUGAGAUCUCUCAACCCCCUCUGUUUCCCAAGAACCAGCUCACCUGGGAUCACUGCUUUUUACUACUUCCCAGUUUACCUCUCCCCGCUCACAUUUUUGCUGAGGGGCAGGGUUUUGCAUGAGUAUUGGAAUGGAACUAGCAGCUAUCAGUAACUGCAAUAAUAAGAUGAUCUUUAGAGGACCACGUAAGUCAAAAGGAAGGAUCCCCCAAAAAGGGGAAGGGAGUUCCAGGGGAAGAAACGGUGGUGUGAAAUAGCUUGGAUUCUGAGUGGGGGUGGGAGCCAUUAACUUCUUAGCUCUAGUGUGGUGUAAAAUGGGAGGUGGGGCAUGAUGGGAGCUGAGUUGGAUGGACACUGGGGCAGGGUCUGGAGGACCCAAGUCUGAGUGGAGCUUGGACACCAGGCUGAGGCUGACGUGUCACACAUGAAAUCUAGUAACUGGUUGGAAGCUGGAUAUGCUGUCAUUAUGAUGACCUCUCAGGACGCUAUUGCAAUAUUCCAGUUACCAGGUGAUCCGAAGUAGAACAGUGGUUACAUCAAAGAGGGGAUGGAUUGGAGAGGUUUUGGAAGCAGAAUUGAGGACAAUUCUAGAGGAAACCGAGAUAGCCUUGGGCAAACUGGUAGAACUUGUCAUCGUCCAGAACCAGGAACACAAGGAGGAGAUGCAGAUGGGGCAGGAGGGCAGGUUAUCAUUUUAGUUGGGACAUUUAGAACUUGUGUCUAAGGGACAUCCAAGUGGCCAUAUACAGCAGGCAGGUCUGGGCCUGCAGUGGGGGGAGAGGUUAGGACUGGAGAGCUAUCUGUGUAGCACAGUAGUUAAACUCAUGAGAAAGCGAGUGUGUUUAGUCAGAAAUAUUGGGCCUAGGACUGAACUGGAGACACAAAAUGUAGAAGAUGCCCCGCCAGGGAGAUCUAGACCACUCCCUGCACCCACCUCCUCAUCUGGCAUCUUUUGGACACUGUAUCGUUGCUGACACCUGAGUUCUCAAUGGCGUCCCAGGUGUUCUGGAACUUUCAUUGUGGAAACCAAGCUGAGCUCCGUGUAGAGUGCGGCGGUAGUCUCUUCGCCACUGAGUGUCCCCCAUUCCUGGACUCUUGGAUGCGUCUCAUGUUUUCAGUGAAUGGUUUUGAUGUUUCUUACCGAUCCUUCCUUCCUCAGAACUAGGUUCAGCCAUGAAAGCAAGAGUAGUGUGAGCCAGAAGAGAGAACUGCCCUCCCUGUGUUUCUGCCUCUUCCUUGGGAAGUUCUUUCAGGGGGCUUCCAUGUUAGGGUCUGACCCAUCACUUUGCCAGGGCACCCCGAUAUCCUCCAGCAGGUCCUUGUUGCUCAAAUAAACUGACUCAAAGUGGUGGCAGACUCCCUGGACGUGUUAACGUGAGUCUGCUCUUGGGAAGUAGACUGCAGUAUGGGUGGACAGUUUCUCAGCCUGGUCCUGGAAACUGAGGCAGGGACUGCUAGCCUGGGUCUGUGUCUCCUUGCUUGCUCCCUCCUUCCCCAGAAGGACUCAUUCCACAGACCCCUCAGGAGGCAGAUGACCCAAAGGUAGGCGCAGGGAAAGGUGGAGCACAGGCUGCUUCGGAAACCCAGAUUUCUUGUAGGGCUGGGCGCCUCAGCAGAUGAGCUCAUGGUCAGGCUUCCCCCAGCCUGAUUGUCACCCAGAGCCUCCUACCUGGGAGGGUAAGGCAACUGGGGGUCUCCCAUGAUGACAAAUGCAGCAGCCAAGACCCCUGUGUCAUCCUCAGUUCUCCCUGCUGCAUCCCGAUCUGGGACCCCCCGUGGGAGAGUUCUCUGCCUUCAGGCUGCAGAAUUAUAUUUAGUCUGGAGGGAAGAGUAACUCGGGGGGCUGGGGUGCAGGAGUUUUGAAGUGAUGCAGUGGUGUCCAGAGUGGGUGUCAGUCACA